AUGUGCACGGCGCCAGUGUCGCGCGCAUCGACUCGUUCUGCAUCUCCCCCACUCCGUCCGUCGAUAUUCCGUGCCUCCCCUGCCUCUGCCACCUUCCAGCACACGCCCGCGAGCAGAAAGGAUCGGCGGCGUGGUGCUGGCAGGGACGGGGUGCGUGGUGCUGGCAGGGACGGGGUGCGUGGUGCUGGCAGGGACGGGGUGCGUGGUGCUGGCAGGGCGGGGUGCGUGGUGCUGGCAGGGACGGGGUGCGUGGUGCUGGCAGGGACGGGGUGCGUGGUGCUGGCAGGGACGGGGUGCGUGGUGCUGGCAGGGACGGGGUGCGUGGUUCCCACGUGA